AUGGAUGCCUUCAGCUCCAAGAGCCUGGCUCUACAGGCGCAGAAGAAGCUGGUGAGCAGGUUGGCGUCCAAGGCGGUGGCGGGCGCGCUCCUGGACGACGCGAGCAGCGAGGUGCUGGACGAGCUGUACCGGGCCACCAAGGAGUUCACGCGGAGCCGCAGGGAGGCCCAGAAGGUGGUCAAGAACCUGGUCAAGGUGAUGCUCAAGCUGGCCGUUCUGCUGCGUGGCGGCCAGCUGGGCAGCGAGGAGCUGGCCACGCUGCGCGGCCUUCGCCGCCGGGCCCGCAGCCUGGCCAUGACGCUGAGCCACCACUUGGCCAUGUUUCAGCCCAUGCCACAGCAGCGGGAGGCCCUGGGGUUUGUGGGGAGCCGGGUGGAGACACACUUCUGGUCACAUGGGUGUCCCACCCGCCUGCACACCAGGAAGCGGCCCUGA